AGCAGCGGGAGGACGGGUUACACCGGCACUUCACAUCCCACACUGGAUUUACCGGACUCCACCUGUCGCGAGCGCUCUGUUGUUUUUCCUGUCCGUGUCGUAAACGCUCUGACACAGCACGGCACGGCACGAGACACAAACACAGGAACGAGAGCUGGGAAAACCGAAAAGAACAUAAACAGGUGAAAUAAUGAGCGCUGCGGUUCUCUGAAGGAUUGUUCCGCUUAACCGAGGACCGAGGAGGAAACAGAAGCAUAGCCCCGGUGGAUGGGUUUUAUCCGCAGUGCCUGAGCCGAGCAGCAGAGCGGCCGAGCGGGGAGCACCAUGUCCAGACCGCCGCAGCCGCAGCAGCAGCACCGGACGCCGUUCAAACUCACCGACAGUGUGGUGGAGGUCAAGAGCAAAUUUGAGGCAGAAUACCGCCGCUUUGCCCUGAAGAGGAACGGCCCGGCGGGCUUUCAGGAGUUCUACCGCCUCCUCCAAACCAUCCAUCGCAUCCCCGGUGUGGACGUGCUGCUGGGAUACGCCGACGUCCACGGAGACCUCCUUCCCAUCAACAAUGACGACAACUUCCACAAAGCUGUCUCGUCAGCCAAUCCGCUGCUCCGCAUUAUCAUAACCAAGAGAGAGGAUGAACCGGUAGUUUUUGCCACCAACUCCCUUCAGAGGCGUAAAAAGGGGCUGGGCUUGACCGGCCUGCGCACCCCCGGCUCAGGCUCCACCCACUCCAAGAACAGACAGGGCCUUAUGAUAGGCCUGCCGCAGAACUUCCGACAGAUCUCCUCCAUCAUCGACGUGGACAUCUUACCCGAGACACAUCGGCGGGUACGACUGCACAAGCACGGUACCCACAAACCCCUGGGCUUCUACAUCCGGGACGGCGUGAGCAUGCGGGUCACACAGCAGGGCGUCGAGAAGGUCCCGGGGGUGUUCAUAUCCCGUCUGGUGCGGGGAGGGCUGGCAGAGAGCACGGGGCUGCUGGGAGUUAAUGACGAGAUCCUGGAGGUCAACGGCAUCGAUGUGGCGGGGAAAUCUUUGGAUCAGGUUACAGACAUGAUGGUGGCCAACAGCCACAACCUCAUAGUGACGGUCAAACCCGCCAACCAGAGGAACAACGUGGUGCAUCGUGGGAGCAAAACCUCAAUGGGCAACUCGGGUUCUGUGGGCUCAGCCGGAUCGAGCGGCUCGGCUCUGUCACAUGACUCGCCAAGCCCCGCCUCUCAGAGCAACCCCAUCACUGCGAGCAACAGCAUUGCCGAGGGCGACAGUGACGACGACGAUGACGACGGCGACCUGAUUCUGGAGAAUGACUGCCUGACGCCCUACGACGCCCAGCGGGUCGCCAACGGCAACAACACCAACCUUAACAGGGACUCCCCGGGGGUCAGGCCCCUCCCACAGAGCAUCUCCUUGCCCAAUAGCGUCGGAGCGUCCCUGAGCGACAGCUCGCCGGUGACGUCCAAUCAGAACGGAAACCCCGCCCACACACCCAGCAGCAGUCAGGAGAGCAUGAGAGAGGACGGCAACAUCAUCACACUGUGACACGGCUGGGACUAUGAGAUGGGCUGUCACCAUGACAACCGCGGAUGGCCGUGGUCCCGUCAGCACGUUUCCUUUUUAAAGACUCGCAGACCGUUCCUGUGGACAGGUGAGGCUCUGUCAGCCCUGGUGCAUCAUGGGGGUUUCCCAGUCUACACCGUAACAACACUGACUCUUUAUGUGGCUGAGGUCAGCUGUCAGGUUCCAAACAAGGAUUUAUAUUCGCCAGAGGAUGAUUCAAAUGCCAUCAUGUUUGAACUAGUGAUGUCCCGACCCCAAACGCAAUCUCUUCAGCUGUGACUCAGAAUGAAAAUCUGCAGAAUUUAGCGGACUGUUUUUCUGCUUGGGGUGGAGAUGUGUUUUUCUUUUUUUAAAAUUUGAUUCUGCAUCUGCAGAUGCCGCGUGGCCCUGCUGAUGUGCCAAUGAAGCUUCAUGAUCCAUCAGUUUCAUGAAGUAUCUUCUGAGCCCACUAGGGGGCGCUCUUGGUUUAAAGAAAAAAAGGUUCAACAAAUGGCCACUCACUGUGCUUCCCUUUUGUUGAACAGCGAGCGCCGACUAGUGGGCUCAGGAAGUAAAGGGAAUGCUUCAUCAAGCUUCAUGUAGACAUCAGAAACUAAUCGAUGUAGACUUUGGGAGAGCAACACGAUUGAGAAAUCUAGCCAUAAGUCAAGUCUGAGGUCAAGAGAUGUUAAAGAGAUGAUCUCUAUCCCAGGGUUGCACCAGUCCCAAACAUCCCGUUAACUGCAGGAUGGCUGACUCGUUGACUACAACGAGACGAAGAAAGAACAACAUCCAGUGAAACAUUAAUGGCUCUAUUUUCUUGGCAGCACAACAGUCAGUGGCAGCAGCACGGCAACAGUUUGCCAUUUCCCUGACUCUGAAACUCUCUCUGCUCACGUCUGUUUCUAGGGCUGCUAAUCUGGGGAUUUCAUCAACAGGAGCAAAGUCAAUACGGUACUUUUAGCAAAUGCUCAGCAAUAAUGGAGUCAUCUUUGAGAAUCAAACUAGCUACUACUUGCUUUUUGACAACUCAGUUGUAAAAUGAAAGUCUAAAUCCCUGCAGACAUGUGAAGGCAGCGGGACACAUGUUGAGGAUGGGAUUGGCUGAGAGUGUAUUACUAUAGACCUGCAGCGCUGCACUGGUUGUUGCAACAGCAGAAUAGAGCCCUAAUUGUAUUAUAAAUCACAUAAUAUAUUGAAGAAGGGGAUUUAAUAAAGGGAUUAAAUAAUA